AUGCAUAAGUUGGAGAGUGGAGGUUUAAAGGGUAUUUUGAUGGAUGCAGUUGAAGCCGCAACGUGUCGUUCUCGUGCAACCGGAGAUAAAGCCCUUCCUCACGAUGUACGGAACACAGAGUUAUGA